AUGAACGUUACCGAUAUAGAUGACAAGGUGAAUGCCAAUGAAUUUCGGCCUCCUAAGCAACUGAAGGGACAGAACCCAGCAUUGACUCAGGAGCUCGUCGAUUUAGCGCAAACGUCCUGGGAGAAAUAUCUAACCGGCAAAAUACUCAAUAAUAUCGCAAAAUCGGAGCUCGCGGCCCAAGCGAAUAACCUCCCAGCGCAUUGGAGCUAUGUUCAAGCGCGCGCUCUGGACCCAUCGUGGGCUGGGGCUGCCCAGGCGAAAGAUGAGAAGUUUACGAUGCACAUGAACACAUUGAAGGAAGCCACCCAGUCAGCGAUUGAACUGGCGAGAACUCAAUUGAACACCGGAUCAACAGAUGGACGAAAUGCGGAACUCCUGAUAGAAGCCAGCAAAGACGUUAUCGCGCUCGAACUUGAUGAAAAGCUCAAAGAGACGGUCUCUGACCCAGCAAUUUUCCGUCGACUUGCCGCAUACUGGGAAACAUCUUUUAUGAAUGAUAUGGCACGGCUCCGAGUUCGCCCACCAACCACUAUUACGCGAGCUACCGAAUAUGUCGACCAGAUGGUGACGUUCAUCGAGAAAGUGAUAUCCAACGGAUAUGCAUACGCGGGAGAUGAUGGUAACGUCUGGUUCGACAAGGCAGCUUUCGAUGGAGCUGCUAUCAAGGACAAAGAUUUGAAGCACGAGUACGCCAAACUUGCACCGUGGAGUCGCGGUAAUAAAGCAUUAUUAGCUGAAGGGGAAGGCGCACUUACAACACAUUCCUCCAAGAGAUCACAAGAAGACUUUGCCCUAUGGAAAGCAUCUAAGCCUGGAGAACCUUCGUGGCCCUCUCCAUGGGGUCGAGGACGACCUGGAUGGCACAUUGAAUGCUCUGUGAUGGCUUCAGACGUAUUUGGAGAACGAAUGGAUAUUCACUCUGGUGGCAUUGAUCUAUUGUUCCCUCACCAUGAUAACGAGCUUGCUCAGUCAGAAGCUUAUCAUGGCAAUGAACAAUGGGUCAACUACUUCCUCCAUACUGGGCACUUGCACAUUGCUGGCCUCAAGAUGAGCAAAUCGCUGAAAAACUUUAUUACUAUCGAGACCCUACUUCAAACUUGGUCUGCCCGACAAGUCAGAUUAUCAUUCUUGACGCAAUUAUGGAAUAAUCGUCUCGAUUGGAAUGAAAGCCUACAGGCAGAAGUUCGUGCCAAAGAAACGACAUUUGAUGCAUUGGUAGCGGAAUGGGACGCGUCGCCUACUCCAGAAAAUGGAACCAUGAAUUACACAAAGGAUGAAAGCGACCUCACCUCAGAACUAUAUCGUCAACAACAGGCUUUCCGUGUGGCGCUCUGCGACUCUUUCAAUACCCCUCAAGCACUCCAAGCACUUACGGACCUAGUCUCUGCCACCAACAUCUAUCUCAAGCGUGGAAGGAGUUCAACAAACAUCUAUGUGGUCCGACAAAUAGCAUCUUGGGUGACCAAGAUGUUGAGAAUGUUUGGACUUGGCGAAGGCGUACCUGCAGAAAUAGGAUGGGGUGUCGCAAGCACGAGUGGCGAAGAGACGUCUAAU